AUGUCUCAGAAGGUUCCUGACAUGCUACUUGUCUCUCGCGGUAGUGUGGGUAACAUUGACCUCCAGACCCUAGAUGUGACUACAGGAGUCUCAACGAUCAAAGCUUUCAACGUAGGCAACAUGACUGGCUCCGCGUACGAUCAUGCUUCAAGCGGACUGCUGCUUGGUUGGGGUCUGAGAAAUUCGGUAGGAGUAGCUGAGGAACCCAUCUCAGGUGGUAUAUACUCUGUCGAGAACAGUGUCGACAACAUCGAACGUAGUGGAGAGACUAUCAACCAGAACAACCCCGGUGAAGAACUGAACUUCCACGGUUACCUCAAUGGAACUGGGAGCGAUGUACAAGGUGGCAACUAUGGCUACCCUUCGUGCUUUACAGCAUGGAACAGGUCCGAGAUUCCGGAUUUCGGCGGCAUGACAGGCGAAGCGUUUGCUAUCGGAGACCAGAACGCGACUGUCAACGAUACAUUCUGCGUGGAAGACCGUAUCGCUCCUAGAAUUACAUUCGAUGCUCACAUGGCUCCCCUAGACCUCAAGUUCAACCCUGACGGCACUGCCGCAUGGGUAACGAUGCAUGGCUCUUGGAAUCGCGAAGAGCCCAUCGGCUACAAGCUCAGCCUCGUCCAAUUCGACGGAAAGGGCUCGCCUGUCGAGCUCGCGAACAGUACCACUGCUGCUACCGAUAUCGUCUCCAAUCCUGACCUCUCCGCUUGCCCUGACUCCUGCUUCCGCCCCGUCGGCCUUGCGUGGGAUUCCGAGGGUCGCUUGUACAUGAGUUCGGACUCUACGGGCGAGAUCUUCGUCGUUACGAGGGAGGAUGGUAGUGGUAUCGCGGAUGUGAGCGAGGCGGCUGAUGCGGGAGAGAAUGAGAGCCCGACACCGUCUGGAACUGGAGGUGUAUCGACGCCGACUGAGACGAGCGGUGCUGCGCUGAAUUUGGGUGUCAGAAGCGGACGUUAUCUGGCUGCAGGUGUCGCUGUUGUCGGCGCGCUUCUGUAA